CAAAUUUUGGUUCCAUUGAAGUGGCAAUGGGUGUCGAACGGAGGUGGGUUUGUGCCGCCUCGCUAUGCGUUUUGGCGACGGGCUUUCACUUCGUCUACGCCGCCCAAUCUCCCGAAGGUUUCAUUAGUAUCGACUGCGGCGGAUUCGAAGAUACCGUAAACGAAGGGGAUGGGUUGGUUUAUAAAACAGACAAAGACAUGAUAGGAUCUGGAAUGAGCAACCAAAUAUUAGCAGAAUAUCGUCCACGUUGGGGACCUAUAUACUGGAGCUUAAGAAGCUUUCCAAAUGGCACAAGGAACUGCUACCGUCUAAAAACAGAGGCACCCAAAAUGACUAAAUAUCUCAUCAGAGCUUCCUUUGUGUAUGGCAACUAUGAUGGGUUAAACUCCACCCCCACUUUUGACCUUCACCUCGGCGUCAACUUGUGGGGAACAGUGAAGCUUGACAGCCUAUGUAUGGAGGCUAUUACCCUCCCUGAUCCUUCCUCGGAUUACAUCGACGUCUGUUUGGUUAACACAAAUUCUGGAGUUCCCUACAUUUCCGCUUUGAUAUUACGACCUCUUGACGUCUCUCUUUAUCGACUUGAUCCCAUUGACACUGCAAAAUUCUUGGUCCUUUCGAACCGAUUCGAUGUUGGAGGCACCAACCAAAUCACAUACCCGAACGAUGUGUAUGAUCGGAUCUGGAGCGGUUACAGUUGCCAAAACAAUACGAGCUUAGUGACCACAAAUGCUGUAAUUGCUGGGAGCAAUAAUACUAAUGUUAACGAUGAUGAUCCAUACAAGUUGCCAAUGUUGAUGUUACAGACGGCGUGUCGUGCCAACGGUUCAAGUUUUCCACUUGGAUUAGGGACAGCCUAUAGAAGUUAUAGAUUAUAUGUUUGCUUUCAUUUUGCGGAGAUCGAGAAGCAUGAAGCCGGGAAGUUUCGGGAUAUGAAGAUUGUGCUCAACGAUGUCCAAACCAUCACACAGUCCAUUCAACUCCAAUAUCUCAAACCACACACAGUUUGCACAAAAGGCUUCGAUGUGAAUCACGGCCAGCAGGUUAAAUUUUCCAUUUCUGCUACAUCCAUCUCUAGCCUCCCUCCCAUCCUCAACGGGUACGAGAUUUUGUACGCCAUGGACACUCCAAAUCCACUAACCUUCUUGCAAGAUCGUACGUUCUCUUCUUUCUUCUUCUUCUUCUUACCCUCGAAUAUUACCAAACAUCUUCUACUAAUACUACUCACAGUGAACGCAAUAAGUGAUAUCAAGCAACAUUACAAGCUUAGUAGAAAUUGGGAAGGUGAUCCUUGUAGCCCACCAGAGUUCUCAUGGAAAGGUUUGAAUUGCAACAAUGUCCAACCAUGGGCAAGAAUCAUUUCACUUAACCUGAGCAGAAGCAACUUAACUGGAGAUAUCCCAUCCUCCUUCUCCAUGCUCACUGCCAUCAACUAUUUAGAUCUAUCCUACAAUGAGUUGGAAGGGGCAGUACCAGAAUUCUUGGUGCUAUUGCCACAGCUGCGACUUCUAAAUUUAAGUGGGAAUAAACUCACCGGCGUCGUACCUGACACUCUUCUUCAAAAGUCUAAGGAUGGAACCUUAAUUUUAAGUAUGGAAGGCAAUCCAGGACUCUGUUGGUCACCUCCAUGCAACCAGAAAAAAGAGUUGGAAAUUCCUAUUCUUUUCUCUGUUAUAGCGGCCCUUGUCUUUGUUGUAAUCCUAUUGGGAGUCACUAUAAUCUGUACAAGAAAACCCAAAGAGAACUCGAUCGAAUCAAAACAAGAGGAUCCACUAAAAUUGAAGGGUAGACAGUAUAGCUACGAAGAGGUUGUGGGUAUUACUGAAAACUUUGGGGUGGUUCUUGGAGAAGGAGGAUUUGGGAAAGUUUAUCUUGGUUCUCUGAAGGAUCAAACUACAGUUGCAGUGAAGAUGCUUUCAGCAACGUCACAACAAGGCAAUAAAGAAUUUCGAAUAGAGGCACAACUUCUGAUGGUUCUUCAUCAUCGCAACUUGGUUUGCCUACUUGGAUACUGUGAUGAAGGUCAACACAAGGCGCUCAUUUAUGAAUAUAUGGCCAAUGGCAGUUUACAGCAACACUUAAAAAACCAAAAUACAAAUUCAAACACCGAUACUCUUAGUUGGAUUGGAAGACUUCAAAUUGCAGUGGAUGUAUCACAGGGAUUGGAGUAUCUACACAAUGGUUGCAAACCUCCAAUUAUCCAUAGAGAUUUAAAACCUGCAAAUAUAUUAUUAGACAAGAGAAUGACAGCCAAAAUAGCUGAUUUUGGAUUGUCUAGAACUUUUGCAACUGAAAAUGAAUCUCAACCUUUUACUCGUCUAGCUGGUACACCAGGAUAUCUCGACCUUGGAACUCAAGGGUGUGGUAACGUAAAUAAGCAAAGUGAUAUCUAUAGCCUUGGCAUUAUCUUGCUUGAGCUGGUCACUGGACAGCCUGCAAUAACAAGAACUUCUGGUGGGAAUUUUCACAUAUUAAACUGGGUGGAACCAAUGAUCCAAACAGGAGACAUUCAACAAAUUGUUGUUUUCAAGUUAGGAGGACAAUUCAACCACAAUUCAGCCUGGAAAAUCAUAGAACUUGCCAUGUCAUGCACUCAAUCAACUGCACUUCAAAGGCCAGACAUAAGUCAUGUUUUGGGAGAGCUUAAGGAGUGUCUACCAGUCCAUCAAAGCACUUCCCCACAAACUAGUAUCAUGUCUACAAGAAUUCUCUCUGAAUCGGAAAUAGCUCCUUCUCCAAGGUAGCCCACAUGCCUUAGAAACUAUGCUCAUCUUCCCUGCCAGUAUAGUUUAUCACCUUCAUGUCACUGUUCUGUACGACUAGACUAAUGUGGAUUACUCGGAAAUUUCAUAUAAGUUGUUAAGAUGUAUGGCUAAUCUUCAACACGAUUUCUCUGCCUAAUCAAAUUUGGGAGUUGCGAUGUGUUAUAAA